AUGGAGUUGGCUAACUUCCAAAUUGGGCCUAAUUUUCUGUCAAGACAUUGCGAACAAUCUAAGCGAAGCAACUCUGACGCCUCGUACCUAGUUUUUACUGCUCAUACUAUAGCUCCAGUCCGUUUUGAACCAAAACUGAGACGUAAUUGGAGAUGCUUAAAAUUGCUGCAAAUUGGGACCAAGUGGUUCCAAAUGCGACCGAUGUACCAGCAAAAAAAAUACUAUCUGCAGGAUUUCUGCGAACGCUCCAUAGUAAUUUUCGAGAGUGCACAUAAUCCGGUGUUUGAAUAUGCAAGUCCGGAGGUGGUCCUGUACGCUAAGAGGAACAACCAGCUCAAGAGAGCUGGCUAG